GUUUAAAUACUUAUUUCUGCCAGACUUUACUUCUACCUUAGCCAGUCAUAAAUUUUUAUCUCUCUGACUAAGCUAUUUAUCAUCAACGACUACCCCUAUUAAGGGAGGCGGUAUUGCGCUCAUGAUAUACCGCCUGGCCACUGUACUAACAAAAUCACCGAAGUCAACCAGAGUACUGUACUGCCAGCAACAAGCGCUGGUCCGAGGUUUCGGGCUCCGCCAAUGCCGAUGCCGCUUAUCACAAGUGGCUGAAGGAUACUCCAGAAGCAUACGAGUAUGUGUGCACCUGCAAACGACCACGGGACGACGAUGACGAGGACGACGACGAAGAAGAAGGCAGCGAGAAUGGCGAAAACGAGCCGGUCGAGUGUGACGGCGGCAAAAAGUGUCUCUGCGGCAAGCCUGCCGUUGAUCAUCCUGACCAUCCGUGGGUAUUCACCAAGGCUGCCAUGCGGAGAAUGAACACGUACCGCAUCAUGGUGGAUUUGCGAGACCCGGAUUCCUUUUCCAUGUAUACUUUCAACGACCAUGCUGGGUACGGUGGGAUUGAAGUCGCGCAGAAUAUGCUGCUUGAUUUUCACGAAGCCUCGGGUAACUGGAAAGAGCAGUGGGCUGUCUGUGAAGCGCUCGCGUUGAUGCUGACUUGCAACACUCUCGGAUCCAUCUUGAUGAUCGACGGCCCGAAUCUUCUCCACGACACAAUCAUCCUGCUGGAACAGAUGUUCCUCACCACCCUCGCCGAGCUCGAGAAGCAGGGCGUCCUGGACGCCAACUCCGAGAUCCGCAAUCUUGGCUUGAUAAUGGGCCUGCUUGCCAGUGAGGCUAAUGUGAUGCGAUCCGAAGGCUUCAUCUCCGUGGACACCAAAUCCAGGAAGAAGUCAUACCACGGAGAGUACUUCGUGCCCUAUCUCCUCGCAUACGCCAGAAAACACAACAUCAGCAUGCGCGGGCCAUCUAAUCUGGACGAUAUAAUCGCCGAAGCCGAAGAGGAGGCCGAGGAGAAGGAUGUCACCCUACCCACUGCCCCGAAAGACCCCUGGAAAUGGGCGACGGCUUUCAAGGCGUACGAGCGUGGAAACAUGGUCUCUCCGUUUUCGCGCAGCACCAGGACAAAGAUUGGUGGUGACUCGUUGGAUAUUACCACGUAUACCACUCAGGAGCGCAAAAAGGCGAGUUUCGAUAAGAAAGAUCCGUUCAAUGCAGAGAUGAUCCAGGCGCUCAAAGAUGGGGAGGUUCUUCAACUUGCUUAGUGAUGGGCACUAUUUCCUCAAUGAAGAGAUGUAUAUUAGUGAAAUAUAUAGGACAUGAAUGUUAAUUAAGCGGGGAUUCAAUGUA